CCUGGAGGAGGAAGAGGGCAGGUGCAGCUGGAAGCUGUGGAGCUGGCGGGAGGAGGGCGACAACCGGGCCACCACCCCGCCGGGACCCUCCCCAGCGUCCCCCCUAACCCGGGUGGGGGCCCAUUGACUGUUUCCAGGCCCCCCUGGGGCAGGGGCGCUGGAGAGCCCCGGGGUGGACCAUGGCGGUGAGAUUCCAGGUGGCAGACAUGGAGGAGCUGACCAUCUGGGAGCAGCACACGGCCACAGUCAGCAAGGACCCCCGCCGGGGCUUCGGCAUUGCGAUCUCCGGAGGCCGAGACAGGCCCAGCGGCUCUGUGGUUGUGUCCGAUGUGGUGCCCGGAGGGCCGGCUGAGGGCAGACUACAGACAGGGGACCAAAUCGUCAUGGUGAAUGGGGUCUCCAUGCAGAAUGUCACCUCCUCGUUUGCCAUUCAGAUACUCAAGACCUGCACCAAGAUGGCCAACAUCACAGUGAAGCGUCCCCGGAAGGUCCAGCUGCCCACCACCAGGGCCAGCCCCACCAGCCCAAGGCGCCAGGGCUCGGACGAGGAGGACGGGCCCCGGCGGCUGGAAGACGCAGACCACGGCCGGGGCUACGAGGGCGACUCGUCCAGCGGCUCCGGCCGCUCCUGGGGUGAGCGCUCCCGCCGGCCGAGGGCUGGGCGCCGGGGCCGGGCUGGCAGCCACGGGCGCAGGAGCCCGGGCGGUGGCUCCGCCGCCAACGGGCUGGCCCUGGUGUCCGGCUUUAAGCGGCUGCCGCAGCGGGACGUGCUGACGAAGCCAGUGAGGUCGGUGCUGGUGAGGAGGAGCGACAGUGAAGACUUCGGGGUCAAGCUGGGAAGUCAGAUCUUCAUCAAGCACAUCACGGAUUCAGGCCUGGCCGCCCAGCACCGCGGGCUGCAGGAAGGAGACCUCAUCCUUCAGAUCAACGGGGUGUCCAGUGAGAACCUGUCUCUGAGCGACACCCGGCGGCUGAUCGAGAAGUCAGAAGGGAAGCUGACCCUGCUGGUGCUGAGGGACCGAAGGCAAUUCCUGGUGAACAUCCCGCCCGCCGUCAGCGACAGUGACAGCUCCCUUCUGGAGGACAUCUCGGACCUCGGCUCGGAGCUAUCGCAGGCGCCCCCGUCCCACAUCCCGCCACCACCCCGCCAUGGGCAGCGGACCCCAGAGGCCAGCGAGACUGACUCCUCCGAAGACAGCCCCCGGCCUCGGCGGGAAAGGUCACGGGGUUCCAGAGCCGUCUCGGAGCCAGACUCGCCCAGGGAGCGCAGCUGUGAUAUCUACAGGGUGCCCAGCGGUCAGAGCAUGGAGGAUCGUGGGUACAGCCCCGACACGCGGGUGGUCUGCUUCCCGAAGGGCACAAGCAUCGGGCUGCGUCUGGCCGGGGGCAACGACGUGGGCAUCUUCGUGUCGGGCGUGCAGGCGGGCAGCCCGGCCGACGGGCAGGGCAUCCAGGAGGGAGACCAGAUCUUGCAGGUGAACGACACGCCCUUCCAGAACCUGACGCGGGAGGAGGCUGUGCAGUUCCUGCUGGGGCUGCCACCGGGCGAGGAGAUGGAGUUGGUGACACAACGGAAGCAGGACAUCUUCCGGAAGAUGGUGCAGUCUCGCGUGGGCGACUCCUUCUACAUCCGCACGCACUUUGAGCUGGAGCCCAGCCCGCCGUCCGGCCUGGGCUUCACCCGCGGGGACGUCUUCCACGUGCUGGACACGCUGUACUCGGGGCCCGGGCUGAGCCACGCUCGCGGGGGCCACUGGCUGGCGGUGCGCAUGGGUCGUGACCUCCGGGAGCAAGAGCGGGGCGUCAUUCCCAACCAGAGCAGGGCGGAGCAGUUGGCCAGUCUGGAGGCCGCCCAGCGGGCCGUGGGGGCUCUGCCGGGCUCCUCAGCCGGCUCCAGUGCUCGGGCCGAGUUCUGGCGGCUGCGAGGUCUUCGUCGAGGUGCCAAGAGGACCACCCAGAGGAGCCGCGAGGACCUGUCGGCUCUGACCAGACAGGGUCACUACCCGCCCUAUGAGCGAGUGGUGCUUCGAGAAGCCAGCUUCAAGCGCCCGGUGGUGAUCCUGGGACCCGUGGCAGACAUCGCUAUGCACAAGCUAACUGCUGAGCUGCCCGACCAAUUCGAAAUUGCAGAGAGCGUGUCGAGGACAGAGAGCCCCUCGAAGAUCAUCAAACUGGACACUGUGCGGGUGAUCGCAGAGAAAGGCAAGCACGCACUCCUGGAUGUGACCCCGUCAGCGAUCGAGCGCCUCAACUACGUGCAGUACUACCCCAUCGUGGUCUUCUGCGCCCCCGAGAGCCGGGUGGCCCUCAAGGCGCUGCGCCAGUGGUUGGCGCCCGCCUCCCGCCGCAGCACGCGCCGCCUCUACGCACACGCCCAGAAGCUGCGGAAGCACAGCGGCCACCUCUUCACGGCCACCAUCCUCCUGCAAGGCACGAAUGACGCCUGGUACCAGGAGCUCAAGGCCGCCAUCCGAGAGCAGCAGACCCGGCCCAUCUGGACGGCCGAGGACCAGCUGGACGGCUCCUCAGACGACAACCUGGACCUCCCUCACCGUGGCCUGGCUGACAGCGCCGCCGACCUCAGCUGUGACAGUCGGGUCAACAGCGAGAACGAGGAGACCGACGGCGAGGGCUACACGGACGGCGAGGGCUACACGGACGGCGAGGGCUACACGGACGGCGAGGGCGGGCCCCACACGGACGUGGACGAUGGGCCCCCGGCCCCAGCCCUGGCCCGGUCCUCGGAGCCCGUGCAGGCGGACGAGCCCCAGAACCCAAGGGGUCAUGGGACAGUCUCCGCUCGCCGGGACACCCAGAUGGGCACCCGGCACCCCCAGGGUCAGUGGCGACAGGACAGCAUGCGGACCUAUGAGCGAGAAGCCCUGAAGAAAAAGUUUACACGAGCCCGAGAUAUGGAGUCCUCUGACGAAGACGGCUACGAGUGGGGCCCGGCCACUGACCUGUGAGCCCCCCAGGUUGCCCACUGGCCCAUCUUGGGUCACAGCCGGGACUUGGCUUCCCAUACAGAACCCGCAACCUGCCUCCCUCCACCUGCUCGUUAAUAAAAGAGUAUUUUUGCAGCA